AUGAAAAACCACUUGAACACCCUGGGCCGGCUGAUCGCCGUCGCAGGUGCCGCACUGGCAAUCAGCCACACUGCGCAGGCCGCCGACCCCGCCAUCCGCGUCCCCACUCUCGAGACGCUGGCGCAGUUCCCCGGCAUGACCGGCUUUCGCAUCUCGCCCGACGGCAAGCACAUGCUGGCCAUCCAGAGCCAGGGCGACACCCGCACCAUCCUCGUCUGGAAGCUGGCCGAACUGGCCGCCAAGCCGACCGUCAUCGGCGCCAGCAACAUGCAGAUCCGCAGCGCGUCGUUCCUGAAGAACGACAUGCUGCAGGUCGAGAUGACACAGCCCUAUGACCUGCGCGCCGAUGAAGUCACCAAGACCUUCAUCAACAAGCUGCUGUUCACGGACCUGGAAGGCAAGAACUGGAUCGAGCCGAUGGCGUCCGCCGACAUCGCCCGCUCCGAGAUCGCCAAGAAGGCCGCCGCGCUGGCCAACCCGACGGUGCUGAACCGCCUGCUCAGCGACCCCGACAACGUCAUCCUGGAAAGCGACACGCGCGGCGACAGCCGUGACAUCUAUCGCUACAACCUGCGCACCGCCAAGGCCGCGCGCAUCAUGCGGCUGAGCGAUUCCGACGCCCGCCCUCAAGCAGGGCGAGGCCGAAGGCCUGGGCGCGGCCGAGGCCGGCGCCGUGGACCGCUGGCGGCGCGAGAUCGUCGCGGUGGCCGUGGAAGAGAUGGGCCACCUCGUCGCCCUGCUCGGCGCCUUCGUGCUGCUGCUGCCGGCGGCAUUGCUGACGGGGCAGUGGCAUUUCGAGCCGAGCGCGCGCGUCUUCGCCCACCUCGGCUUCCAGGCCCUCGUCGUGUCUUUCGCGAGCUUCCUGGCCUGGUGCUGGCUGCUGCGCCGCUACCUGGCGUCACAGCUCGGCGUGUUCGCCUUCCUGACGCCGCUGUUCGGCGUGCUGCUGGGCAUGGGCCUGCUGGGCGAGCGGCCGGACGCAGGCUUCAUCGCCGGCAGCGUGCUGGUGCUGGCGGGCAUCGCCGUCGUCAGCGGCCACGUGCACGUGGCGCGAUGCCUCGCGGGCCGUCAGCGCUCCAGCGCCUUCUGAGGCGGCUUGAGGGCAACCUCGGCGCCGCCAUCCCGCUUGGCCAGCAAGCCCCGCAGGCGUUUCAGCGUGCGCUUGAGCGCGGCGAUCUUGGCGGAGCCGGGGAAGGAGACCGGCUCCACCGGCGCGGCUUCGUCGAUCUCGUUCAAUCGUGA